CCAUAUUGCGGUGAUACAGCGAGUUUUGCGGAGAGGAGCUCAUCAUGAUUUCUGCCCAGGCUUAUGGAGAAAACGGCAAAAUGAAAGAAUAUCACUAUACAGGACCAGUGGAGCACAAAUUCUCCCCUUAUGCCUUCAACGGAGGGACAGUGCUGGCGGUGGCUGGUGAAGAUUUUGCUAUCGUGGCCUCAGACACACGUUUAAGUGAAGGUUACAGCAUCCACAGCAGAGACUCGCCCAAAUGCUACAAGCUGACAGACACUACAGUUCUGGGCUGCAGUGGUUUUCAUGGAGACUGCCUGACGCUCACCAAAAUCAUUGAGGCCCGACUGAAGAUGUACAAGCACUCGAAUAACAAGAGCAUGACGAGUGGAGCCAUCGCAGCCAUGCUGUCCACCAUUCUGUACGGCAGGCGCUUCUUCCCUUACUACGUCUACAACAUCAUCGGCGGUCUGGAUGAGGAGGGUCGAGGUGCUGUUUAUAGUUUUGAUCCAGUUGGUUCCUACCAGAGGGACACGUAUAAAGCAGGUGGAUCAGCGAGCGCAAUGCUGCAGCCGCUCCUCGACAACCAGAUCGGCUUCAAGAACAUGGAGAACGUGGAGCAUGUUCCUCUGACCCAGGAGAAGGCAGUGCAGCUGGUGAAGGACGUGUUUAUUUCUGCUGCCGAGAGAGACGUGUACACCGGAGACGCCCUCAAAGUCUGCAUCGUCUCCAAAGAGGGCAUUAAAGAAGAGAUCGUGCCGCUCAGGAAAGACUGAGACGCCUUCUCUGCACGCCAACGUUAGCCUCUUUUUGUUUCGCUCCAGAUGCAUCUUUCAUUCUGCUCUCCUUUUUAUAUUCUGUCUCGAGAAUAAAUACCAUACUGGUGUCAACAUU